AAAAAACGAGAACUUUAAAUUCUUACCAACUGGUCACAAGACACAACUCGCCUGUUUCAUAUACAGAGAUAACUGUGUCUCGUCUCUUUCCAGUUUAAACCGAGAGAAACAAUGGCUCCUCCACAGAAGCUCUUUCUCGCCGCCAUUUUCGCCGCUGUCAUUGUAGCCACCACCACCGGAGAUGGAUCUAAUAAUGCUGGAGAAGAUAUUGUACAUUCCUCUUGCAUGCACGCUAGCUAUCCAUCACUAUGCAUCCGUACGCUGUCUACUUACUCCGGUCCGACCAUCACAAACCGUCGUGAGCUAGCUCAAGCCGCUGUUAAAAUAAGUCUCUCCCACGCUAAAGCCGCUGCGAAAAAACUCGCGGCAGUGCGAGAAACCGUGGGGAAGAAACGGGAGAAAGCGGCGGUUGUGGACUGCGUGGAGAUGAUUGGAGACUCGGUGGACGAGCUGAGCCGCACGCUAGGCGCUUUGAAGCAUCUCCGCGUCUCGGGUGGUUCGGUGAACGAGUUCAGGUGGCAGAUGAGCAACGCGCAGACGUGGGCGAGUGCUGCGUUGACUGAUGACGACACGUGUCUCGAUGGGUUUCAAGGGAUCGACGGUGAAAUCAAGUCGGAGGUGAAGGAGUGGAUGACGAAAGUGGCGAGGGUUACGAGCAACGCGCUUUACAUGAUCAACCAGCUAGAUGAUAAACGUGGCAAGCCCCACGUCGUACGUCCUUGAUGUUAUAAUGAUGCACUUGUCCUAAUGGACUGUUGUGAUUUUGUUAACUUUUAUUCGCGUGUGUUUAAUUACAAGUUAUCCACUAUAUAAACUUUAAAGAAAAGAGUUUUUGAAAUUACAUGCAUUGUCAUUUUUAGUAGUUCUGAUAAUGGUAUAUAACUAUAUCCUAUAUUAU